AUGAAUGAAAUAAAAAUUGUGACAUCGAAAGAACGACCAAGACAUCCUCCAGAAAUACGAUUAGAACGAAUAGGAGAGUUCACUGUCGGCCAUAACGAUGGAAUCACAUUGGGACGUUCUAAGGCCAGAUACAUCUAUGUCAAAGGUGGCGACUCAAAGCUGAACUAUGAUCUCAACAAAAAUUUCGACACAUGGAAGAAGAAAGAGGAUAAAUUGAUGAAGGAUAUAACAGACUGGAUCAUGCUGCAAGGUCCUCCCGACGGGAAAAUGAAAAAGAGUAUUUACAAUGCAGAUUUCGUUUGUUUCCGAGGUCUCCUAACGAAAGUAGGAUGUGCUGCAUUUGUGAAUAGGAAUGAUUCCUGGGAAGCUAGAGCGAUCAAGAUAGAUGGCAUUAUCUACAUUUGUGAAGUUCCAACCCCCGAAGAGCUAGAGAGACGGACUAAGUUGACUGAGAAAGAUGAAUUGAUGUGCUACUAUGGCCAUAAAUUCGAACAAUACGUUACCUCGCCUACUCAACCAACGGACGUACCAGACACAGACGCGCCAAUAGGCACUGCCGACGAAUUCGUGACUGUCUACAAGGCAACGCUUUAUCACGAAAGAUCAAAGUUGAAAGUUUUGUAUAUGGGUGAAGUCGACUGUUUGACACCAGAUGGAGAAUACAUUGAGCUGAAGACCACAAAGGGUGGUUUGAAUCUUGAUCGUCAGUUUCAAAAAGUUUGUAAAUGGUGGCUACAGUCCUAUUUGGUGAAAUGCGACCGAAUAUACGUUGGCCAUCGAACUUCCGAAGGUUUCGUUUAUGGAAUUAGCAAAUUAGGAUUGAACGACCAAGAGUUCCGAAGUAAAAUGCCAAUGGAGCAAAUGAUGAAUCAAAUAGCCUCUUUCUUGAAUACUGUCAAGAGAUUCUUGGAAAACGAUGAUGAUUCCUGCACAAUACGUAAAACCGAAGGUCAAAUCAUGGUAACAAGGACCGAGAGAGGGAACAAUCACGGAAUAUUCUCUGAGGAGUUCCGAAAUUACAUCAACACAGAUCGACAGAGUCGAAGUUCGUAG